CCUCUGUGUCCUACGAGAAUCUCUGUAACUCAAACCCCUAUGGCUGAUUUUGCAGGAGAGUCGCAAAGUUUCAGGCCUUCCUUCCCUUUCUUAGAGAUCGACUCCAACAUGGAACUAAUGAUGAACCAGCUCGCAGAGUUGAACCCAAGUGGAUUCCUAAAUCCAAACUUGAACAUACAGAGCUUCAUGGGUUUCUCCAAUGACAAUUUCUUCGUCCAACAGCAGCCGGAUUUCUCUACAAGCUUUGCAGAUAAUAGUACUGCGGGUGUCCCUCACCGGUACGGUCCAAAUGCUUUGCCAGUUAUUCAAUCCGUGGCUUCAGCUGGAGAUGCUGUCGACCAUGAAAGUAAGAAGCAGAUGAUGGUAUCGGAGAGCAGCUCCGGGAACUCUUCCGCUCCGGUCUCCGAAACAGGGUCGGGAGGAGAUGAUAAGACUAAGAGAAAGAAUAGCUUCGGGAGAGGAAAGAGAAAGAGAAACAAUGAGAACGAAGGGGAAACACCAAAGGAAGUUAUUCAUGUCAGAGCAAGAAGAGGCCAAGCCACUGACAGUCACAGCUUAGCAGAACGGGUAAGAAGAGAGAAAAUCAAUGACAGAUUGAGAUGUUUGCAAGGCUUGGUUCCAGGAUGCUACAAGACAAUGGGAAUGGCAGUAAUGUUGGAUGAAAUAAUCAAUUAUGUACAGUCAUUGCAGAAUCAAGUGGAGUUUCUUUCCAUGAAGCUAUCUGCAGCCAGUUCUUUCUAUGACUUCAACUCAGAGAUGGAAGCUCUUGAAACAACGCAGGGGGCAAAUGCUUAUGAAGCCCAAGAGAUAGAAAGGGUGGUGAGAGACGGAGGAUAUGGAGGUCUAACUUGCUUCAACUCAACAUGGCCCUUUUGACUCCACUUUUGGCUCUUACUUACUGCUGCAGCCUGCAUGCCACAUGAACAAGCUCUAUUCCCUUCCCCUGCGCCAAAUCAGAUGUGUCCCCCCCGUUCAUGCCCAUAUGUAGCACACGAGAAAAUGGAAUUUGUAAUCCCAACCACACACCCAUAUGUGGGGGGCCUAACUUAAGAUUCAAUAAUAAAAGCUUAAUUAAUACCAUUUUUAUCUUCAUUA